AUGAGUCAACCAAUCGAAUUUUGGUCGCAUCGUAUAGGACCUAACCCUUGGAAGAAUGUAAUUGUCUUCGAGGAACUGGGCAUCCCAUACACAACCAAGUUUUUGGACUUUGGUAACAGCGAAGGAGGCGUCGAGCACCCUGAUUUUCUCAAGAAGAACGCUGCAGGACGAGUCCCGCUCAUAAAUGACCCCGCUACUGGUAAGCAGAUAGAGGGACGGAAGCUCGUGUUAAAGAGCCAAAGCUAA